AUGGAUGCGUUUGAGCUGAGGUUUAAGAAGGGAUUUUCCGAUUGGAAGAGGGACUACAAGAACAAGUACGACAGCAGCAGAAAAAAAUACAUCAGGAUUAGGAUGCUGACUCAGAACAGGACAGGACUUGGGUAUGAUAACAUGGGAAGGAUCGACAUGUCAGAUGAUUGGUGGAAAGAGCGCGAAAGGGAGUGUCCAGGAAUUAGAAAAGCCUUCUGCAAAGAAAUUGAUAACAUGGAUAUGUUUGAAGCAGAAUUUGGUGGUGUAGUAGUUACUGGAGCAGAAGGUUGGAGUGCUCAACAUGGAGAAGCAAGCUUGAAUUCGAGAGUUGGUGGAGAUAUUGCUGAGGAUGAAGCUGAUUCUCAGCCAGCAGCAGAGACAGAAACCCAGGGCCAAGCUCCUCGCCAAACUCAACCAGCAGCUCAGACUCAUUCUGGAGGUUCAAGAGCAAAACGAAGGCGUAAGGAGAAAGAUGUGGCUGUGGAG